AUGGACGCGCAAGCCAUUCGUCCUCUCGGCACUCAUUCUGUCAAUUACGUCGUUCGGUGGGCAGCAUCGCUGGCAGCUGCACUUAUGUUUGCACAACUGAACUGUCAGGCGGGCAUAGCGGGAGGGAUUGUCGUAUGCCUCUGCAAGCACAAAGCAUGGACGGCUGCUGUCCCUGCUGCACUUAUCCCCUCGUCAAUUCACACUGUAACGGCUCUUACUGCGGAUAUUUUAAUCACGACAUCCCUUUGUGUCAUUUUAUCAAAACAGAUGGACGGGUUCAAACGGACUAAGACACUGAUUCUGCGGCUCAUCAUGCACUCCAUUAACCGCGGUAUCUUUAUCUUGGCGUUUCAAGUGGCCCACUUCAUCUUGGUGAGGCCAGCAUCUAUUAAUCGUUUAGGGUUGAUCGACAUUGACAUUGGACAGUACAUGAUCACGAAACAUGAAGACGUAUUGUAUUGGAUGUUGACGCAUACAGCUGGAACAAGUGUCUACGUGAACUUGCUACUUGCUGUUUUGAACAUUCGCAAGCAACUGAGAGAAGACGCAUUGAUGCCUGAUUCGGCCGGGGCAGAACUACCCUUGCACGACAUUGUAUCAAGAGAUGCAAUAUUGCAUGCACCCUCGGGCCUUGAGUAG